AUGAUGUCCCAAAUUAGAUCAUUUUUCGGCUUCAAAAGACAAUACGCCGUGGUGGGAGCAACCAAAAACACUUCCAAAUUUGGGUUCAAAAUCUUGACGUGGUAUAUUAACCAUGAUCUUCCUGUUGUGCCAAUUAACCCGAAGGAAGAAGAGAUUUGUGGGGAAGUAGUGGUCAACUCGGUCAAGCCAUUGGUGUUGGCGCUCGUGGAAAAUCAGGAUUUGCCUGGUCAUCAAUUAUCUGCGGCUGAUGGCUUGAGCAUUCUGUUCUUGACUCCUCCUCGGAUUACAAGACAAACCUUAGAAGACAUUAGCUCCGUCCCUGGUUUUGAGACAGUAAUCAAGGGAUUGUGGUUUCAGCCAGGCAGCUAUGACCAAGCUGUUCUCGAUAAAGCAGAAGAGAUUGGAUUAAGCGACCGUGCAAUUCACGAGGACGAGUGUAUUUUGGUUAGAGGCGAAGCUGGCCUCAGUAGCGCCAACCUUUGA